AGAGUAAAAACUACAGUGACCAGGUCACCUUGCGAAGUUCCCUCAUCCGCAUUUUUCCUGGAUGAUGUGUCCAGAAAAGUAGGGCGUUGUGGAGACUCCCUCAUUCAUUCGCGGAGGAGAGGUUCUGCUCUUAAAGACGUAGACGAGCAACAGAGGGAUAGAGCAGAGAGGGGGAAAAAGGGGAUAAAAAGGCUUUUUGACUUUUUUCGCGUCAAAGUGCUGGACAGUCCUGAAGCGCACUGAGUGUGCAGAGCUGCGCCACGACCCGCAAACUCCAGAGACUCACUCCAUUUGUUACUGGCGAAUUUGUCUUUAUUACCAGUUUUCAUCAUUAUCGAUUGCAACUGACAGGAGUUGAAUUAAUAUAAUAGAUAAGAUCAUAAUACAAGGAGGCGAAUCGUCAUCAGAUAUUCUUUUGUUUACCUUUAACAGUAGCGACCUGUUUUGGAAGGGGAGACAUGGCCAAGUUUUUCCGUGCUGCUAUUAUGGGUCCGCCUGGUUCAGGGAAAGGGACGAUAUCCAAGAGGAUUGCUCAGAGCUUUGGCCUGCAGUACCUGUCCAGUGGCCACUUUUUACGAGAGGGCAUCGCAGCCAACACAGAGGCAGGGGUGAUGGCGAAGACCUACAUAGAGAGAGGAAUGCUGGUGCCUGACCCUGUGAUGACCAGACUGAUGCUGUCCAAACUGGAACAACUGAGCAGCCACAGCUUCCUGCUGGAUGGUUUUCCCCGCACACUGGCACAGGCUCAGGCCCUGAACAAUCGGUAUCAGCUCGACUUGGUCAUCAGCCUCAACAUCCCCUACGAGACUCUGAAAGAGCGACUGAGUGACCGCUGGAUCCAUCCAAGAAGUGGCAGAGUUUACAAUAUGGGUUUCAAUCCACCGCAAGUGGAGGGUAAGGAUGACGUCACCGGAGAGCCUCUGAUUCAGCAAGAUGACGACAAACCAGAAGCUCUAAUGGCCAGACUGAGACACUACAAGGAAGUGGCAAAGCCUGUCAUAGACUUGUACAAGUCCCUAGGAAUCCUGCAUUCGUUUUCUGGUACAGAGACUGAUAGGAUUUGGCCUUACAUCAACUCUCUGCUCAGCAACAAGAUGCACACGCUAGCACAAGACGCCCAUCAAAGCCAAACACCUUGACACUGCUUCGUAUCCAAACGCCACAAGGAGAAAAUGGGGUGAUAAGAAAUGCACAAGGACACCAAACAACACAUUUUUGAUUAAUUUGUUACUCGGCUUUAUCAAAACAAAGAAUGUCUGCAAAAUCUUCCAGCAGCUUUUUGAUUACUUUGUGAUAACUUUCUUUAAAUGUACCAGUUUUCAGUUUUCACAUGUGCUUUAAAUCUAUACCCUGUUUCAAAAGCAAAGGGCGCUGUAUGAAUCUUUACUCUCUAGUUUGUGAUGAGCUGCAAAAUCAUGGCUGUGGUCGCUUUUGGACAGGGGAAACACUCUUUACCCUCAGUGUUACAUUCCUUGAAAUUUACUCUAAAGUUUUACCUUAGAAUUGCAUCUGCAAAUAAAAGUUUAGGUUAUAUUUGUUGUAAUGUUUAUACAUUUUUACCAAUGAACAGUGAGAUUAUUUUUGGUUUUGAUAUUGCAUAUUUUAAAUGUAAACAUCUUUUUUCCGAUAAUUUGAAUGUAAAGAUGAAGAAUGAAUCACUUACAAAUUUUCUAAAAGCUAGGCUUGGCUUUUUAUUAUGAGAGAUUGAGUCUUUGUAUAAUUAUUCACCACAAAGCUUGAGAUUGAUCAGCAGGAGUUUGCCUUUUGUAGUACACCAAGCACACUGGUAAAUAGUAUAAGCAGUGGACCGAACAAUAGCAAUGACAUCGAGCUGGUUUCAGCUCUGUGACUACGCUGAUUGUACAAUUUUGACAUUUUCUCAGCGGAAAUGUAAUGGUCAUAGUUUUGUACAGCAUGAAGCCUUUGAAUAUCAGCAUACAUCCAAACAAUGCCUGACUUUGGGGAGCAGAACAUAUGUUGAAUGUUUUAUGUGUUUUUCUAUUGUCAUAAUCUGAGUUCCAGGCAUUGCAUCUGUUGGAUAUUGUGCAUAAGUGUAUUUUCAGUGACACUGUACAGACAGAGGACCAAAGAAAGGGAAACCUAAUUAUCUAGGAACAUGUGUAGAGAGCAGCUUAUGGUUUAUGAAAUCUAACACUGUACGUUUGGAUGCUUGGUGUGAGGUGUUGAUCGAACGGUGGUGGAGAGAUGUCAUUCAUUUGUCUGUUCAAACAGAUUCUAAAUUAAACAGAAGUGCAGCCACGUAAAUGCUCCCAAAAAUUACAUUUAAGAGUAUUUGCUUCAGAAAAUGACUUAAACUGCUUCUUUGAUUUUUCUUCUUCUUCUUCCUGGAGCAGGCAUAUGGUUUGCAUCUAUUUCACAUCUAAUCCUGUUGGAUUUGUAAAUAAAGCUGAGUGCAUUGGGGCUUGGCUCAAACUGUUGCUCCACUGCAAGUCUCAGAUCUCUGUCUCUUUCACUGUGUUCACUUUGUGCUGAAGCUGCAGCUCUGAGAUUAAAUUGGACUUGACCUGUGCCCCUUCCAGUUUGAGGGAAAUCAUCAAAUUUGUUACAGACUCUUAAAUACACCACAGGAUAUUAUCUAAAUUGUGUCCCUAUGAAGCCCAGUUGUACUGAUGAGAUAA